AUGAGUUUACCGUACGUGGGAGGAUUAGCAGCGCUCGGGGCAGCCGCAGCAGCCUCUUCGCAAGGAUUGGUUCCAACACGCAUGCCUUCGAUAUCGGACAUCCCGACGGAUUGGACCGCGGUGAUUGACGCUUUCGCGAAAGCGAGAGACGUUUUACCGGCGACGUUGACAGGCGUACUCGGCGGCGCGGGCGUGAAGGAAAUCUCUGACACGAACACGACGACCACCACAAACACCGUGACGUUUGAAGGCGGAGGAGGAGGCAAAAACGGAUUUUCGGCGACGAGCGCGUUGCAAGUGGCGGCGUUACUCUCCGGCGCGGCGACCGGGGCGAUCGUCGCGUAUUACGGCACGGAUAAGUCCUUGGAUAAAGCGAAAGAAUUCGCGAUUGCGUUUAAGAAGAAGGCGCACUUGUUUGAUUUGUGGUUGAAAGAGGUCGUCGUCGACGCGGCGUGGCCGAGUUUGGUCGAGGCGUUUACAUUUUUGAAGACGGAAACCGGCAAAGUGUUCGUGUACGUGAAAACAUUCACCACGAAGACGUUUACGAUGACAAACAUGGGCGAGUUGAAGCGAAUCGUUUCCGCGGACAAGAUUUACAAGGCGAAAGAUUCCGUCGUGGUGAUGAUUACGCCGACGUUGAUUGUCGUAAAAAAUGUCGCCAUGAACGGCGUGGAGAGAGCGACGUUGUUCAGCAAAGCGAGUUACAUGAAAGCAAUGGCGUUCGCGGAUACUUUGGUAAACAAAAUGAACAAAAAGUACGAGGAGCAACAAGAGAAGAAAAAGAAAAAGACGAAUAAACAACAGCCCCCGCCGCCGCCAAAGACGAAAGCGACGGCGCCGUCGUCCCCGUAG